AUGUCUACCAAAGGGAGCAUGGAGAGUCGCGAACCCGACAAUGUAACGACGAGUCGCACGACUCGCGUGACGAAGGAUGGCAAAACUCUCAAUUACCAUCUCAAGGUCAUCCAGCAACCAGAGCGUGCGAGAGCAUGUGGUGCAGGCGCGAAAUCGUCAGCAGAUCGCCGUCCAGUCGAUCCUCCGCCGAUUGUUGAGCUCAGGAUCUUCGACGGCGCUGCUCCAGACACCGACAUCACGUUCUCCAUGAAUGCCAACUAUUUCUUAUUCGCCACCCUGGAGCAGGCACGAGUCAUUGCCCAUGGUCGCGUGCCCGAAAGCAAGCAACAACUCACUGUCCUCACUGGAACACCCGUAGCGGGCAUGGUUUACCUCGAUCGACCAAUACCAGCAGGCUACUUCAUCUUCCCAGAUCUGUCCGUCAGGCACGAGGGCAAGUACAGGCUCAGCUUCAGUUUAUACGAGGAGCUUAAGGAUGUCGGAGACGACGAUGGCACUGGAGCUGCCUCAUCUGGCGACGCUCACGUCACCCAUCGCCUCGAAGUCAAGUCCGAGCCGUUUAACGUGUUCAGCGCCAAGAAGUUCCCGGGGUUGACCGAGAGCACUUCUUUAAGCCGCGUGGUCGCUGAGCAAGGCUGUCGUGUGAGGAUACGACGCGACGUGAGAAUGCGCCGUCGCGACACGAAGGCAUCCGGCAAGGAUUGGGGUGACUACGAGGACGAGACAGCAGAAGCCCGAGCACACGCAUCCGUCGAGCCAGACUCCUCCACACACCACAUAGCACCAGAAGCACAUGGCCGCCCAAGAUCCUCUAGCAACGCCAGCCUCCACUCGCUACCCCUACCCUUGUCUCGUCGCGAGUCGCAAGAGCUGGGUCAGGCCUAUAGUCAACCAUUCGGGAACGGUCCAAACACACCACAGCACGCCUACGCUUCGACGUCUGCUUACGGCCCGUCACCUACACAGUCAUAUCAGCCGCCUCCGUUCAUGUCGCAACCCAGCAUGCAGCCACCACCACUUCAGUACGGUGCCCAUCAUGCGUAUGCACCACUACCACCCCCUACCACAAGUCAAGUGCCUUCGCCUUCAGUCCCGACCUACAGCCACGGCUACCCAUCGUAUGCACCACAUUCUCAGGCACCCCCACCAUCAGAGUAUGGCUACCGUGGAAGUAUCGACUCGCUCCCAUCCGCCUCGAUCGACUCCCGUCGUCACUCAUCACAGUUCAGCAUAGCGCCGCCGCCACCAGCAUAUCCCAUAUCUCGACCAUCAUACCCAAUUCCGGCGCCGAUCGGCCAGCCGCACCAUGCUCAGAGCUUGUCACAUGGCUCUCAGGAAGGAUUCAUGAGCCGUAUACCCCCACCUCAACCUAUGGAGGUCCAGACGCGCGCUUCUGGUGCAACGACACCUCUGAGCGCUCCGCACUCGCUCGAUAAGCUCAGCGUCCUACCGUUCCCACCGCCGCCAUCACAUUUUAACAGCAAUGAUCCGCUCGAAGCGGACAACUUCGAUGGACCGUUCUCUGCUGCUCCUCUCAGCGCAACGGAAGGGCGUAAGCGGCUGCGCAUGUCCUACGACCAGGUGGGUGCACAGAAGAGUGGCACACGUGCGGAUGAGCUCUUCCCUACGGGAUCUCACAGUACGCAUGAUGAGAGUGACUACCGGCUUCGACAAGAUGGCGGUCCGAAUUUACGGACAAUGUCUUACAACCGUGCAAACGGCACAAGUACUACCCGUACCCUGGAGACUAUGUAG